AUGACUAUGUUUUUAAAUCGAAAAUCUCCUACAUCUGAAGAAGUGCUAUUUUUGGCAAAACUAAACUUUGUUGAUUGGUAUAAUGCUCAAAAUCAAGAGUUAGGACUUCCUAAUGAACCCCAUCGGGUUCGUCUUGAGCAUUGGACCCCUCCCACUUUUCCUAAAUACAAAGUUAAUGUUGAUGGUGCACUUUUUUCAAACGAGAAGAGCUAUGGUAUUGGCUUGGUUGCUAGAGACAGUAAUGGUUUGGUCAUUCAAGCUAAGACUCUGAAGAAGGCGGGGGACUUGCAACCUCAUGAAGUGGAAGCCAUUGGUAUCAAAGAGGCUCUAAGUUGGAUUAAGGACAACAAUUGGCCUAACGUGAUUGUGGAAUCGGAUUGUCGUCGAGUUGUGUUGGACCUUCAAGGAAAUAAAGAUAUGACUUCCCCUUAUGGUCAUAUAAUUUUAGAUUGUAAGGCUAUGUUAGCCUCUGUUACGGAUGUUUCUCUUAAUUUUGUUAAGCGGUCUGCUAAUAAGGUUGCGCAUUCAUUGGCGCGAUCUUCUCUUUUUGAGGCUGACCGUGUUUUUAGUGGUGUUGAGUUACCUACUGUAAUUGCUUCCUUUGUUUUGGAAGAUUUGAUUUAA